AAAUCUGUUAACAUUUACACUGACUCUCGCUAUGCUUUUGGGGUUGUACACGAUUUUGGUAUGAUAUGGAAACAACGUGGUUUUGUUUCAGCAGAUGGCAAGACCAUCUCUCAUACAGACCUGAUUAAUGACCUUUUAGAGGCCAUACAACUCCCAAAGGACAUAGUGAUCAUACAUUGCCGUGCACAUACAUACAAGUCUGACCCUAUUUCCUUGGGUAAUGCGCUUGCAGAUAAAAUUGCUAAAGAGGCUGCUUAUGUUUCUCAUACACCCGGAUCCACCAUCCGUAUGUAUGCUGUUUUAGCCCCACCUUCAUGUCCUACAGACCAUAUGCUUCUUGAACUCCAGGGACAUGCCACUCCUAGUGACAUAUCUUUCUGGACUACUAAUGGGUUAACUUUAGAUGAGAAUGGUUUGUUUUCUAAAGAGGGGAAGGUGGGCAUACCGGAAAGCAGUGCACCACUCUUUAUAGCACAAGCCCAUGGUGUUGGACACCUAGGUAUAAAACCAACAACUAACUUGUUGAAGCAAUCUUUCUACAUUAGAGGUAUAGGUGAUCAUUGCAAGGCAUAUAUUAAUAGAUGUGUAUAUUGCUUACAGACCAAUGCAACCCUCCCCAAUAAAGCCCAGCAUGACCACUUACCCCCACCUACAGCCCCAUUCACACAUCUACAAAUUGAUUUUACACAUAUUCCAAAA